AUGUACAGUCCUAUCGCACUCGAGCACCCUGUUCCAACCCUCUCCCCUCCCGGUCCUGUGGACGGUAUGGGCGUGGUUACCAAAGCUGACGUGGACAAGGCGUACAAUUAUCUUGACCUAGUCAAGAGCCACAAGGGCGCAGGCGCCGUCGACCAACAGACGGGACACUUGGUCAUGGUAUCUGCGUUGCACUGCCAGUCUGCGCAGGAGUACUAUGAUCGCAUCAGCCAUAUCUACAUGCAUCAACUCGAUCAUCAACUGUCAGGUGAAGGACUAAUGGACGUCGCUCGUUUCGUAUCCAGGAUGAACGAGAUGGAAGCGCGUUUCAACAAACGCUUCAACCAGAUUGAAGGACGGGUGGAUAGCGUCGAUAUUCGCCUCGAUAAUGCUGAACAACGCUGCGAUAACCUCGAGGAAUACUUCUCUCGUAUCAACAAUCAGAUCGAGAAGCGCUUUGAAAGCAUCGACACCUAUCUCACUGGGUUCGAGUCGCGCUUUGAGACGUUCGACAUGCGCUUCAACAAGAUGGACAAACGCUUGAGCCAGCUCCAGGAGACCAAUCCGAAGGAUCAGCCCAUUGACAAGAACGCCAAGUGGAAUGAGGAAUUCAACCAGGCAGUCGCGUGGCCCAAACCUUCCAAAAAGAAGGGCAGCAAGAAGUCAGCUGUGGAUCCGGUACCAGCACCGGGCUGGUCAGACUGGUAUAACACCUUGCCGGGUGUUGUUGUGCCCCACAUGCACGGGCCUUGGCCGGCGAUGAUUCCUCUAUACAACAGGAGACGAAUGCAUCCUACUAUGCCGGGAUACCCAUAUAUCAGGAGCUUUGACGACAUCGACAAAGCUGAUUCCGCCACGAUUAUGAUGUGGGAGAAUCAUUACUUUGACACGACGUAUGAUUUUGAUACCCUGGCUAUGCGCCGCAAGCGCAUUUCCGAUGAACUGCACUGUAUCAUGAAGGAAAUGUGA